CCCGGGGCCGUAGGGGCUCGGGGGCUAUUGUUUACUUCGUGUUCACCACCAGUUGAGAGAUGAGGGUUAAGGUCAAGUACUCCAGCACCCACAAGUUUAUACUGAAUUUAGAAGACGAGACGCUCGGCAAUCUUAAGCAUGAGAUCCGGAAGUUUGUGGAAAACACCUACAAUCAAAGUGUCAAAGAACCCUUAGCAGUCAGUCUCAAUGGAUCAGAUCCCCUUGUUGGUCCAGACGAUGCUAGCUUGCGGAGUUUAGGUGUUGUUCCUAGUGAUAUGCUUACUGUGCUGCCUCCUUCAGCUACUGCAGAAGUUAAAGCCUCUUCACAGGCACAUUCUUCAUUCAAAAAGGACUUUCAAGGCUUAGCAGCUACUUCAGAGAGAAAAAGCAAGGGUAGUGAAAAUAUGGAUACCAAAGAAAAAGAAUCGGCAGGUUUAGGUACAGCAGAAAGUCACAUUGUUCCUGAACUGGAUAAUGAAAGAGAACUUCUGUCAGAAUCAAAAGAUGGACAGCCACCAUCAACAUUAAAGAAACUAUUUGAUGAGUGCAGUCCUACAUCAAUGAGUCAAGCAGUCAAUCUUUUGGUCCAUCUCAUUAUGCUGGAAUCUGGGUUUCAUAUGGAGAACAAUUCAGGACCACCAGCUGGGUGGAAUGAAAUGGUAGCUACUUUCCACUAUAGCAAUGAUUCAUUAACAGAUUUCAAGUGCACACUAGUUCUUGUUACAAUGGGAGAUGUAAAGCAAGUCUUGGCUAGUUUUCCCCAACAAGAGAGUGAAAUCAGUGUCCGUCUAGUAGUUGGGGACUAUGCCAAAGAUUCCUCAUGUUCACUAGUUACAGCUAGUAGUCUAGUUCGUGUUGCACAGUUAACACGCACUAUGCGAGACUGCUUGCUCCAUCCACUGCAAGUUGCUGCUCACCGAGCCUUAGGUGUACCUGCCCCAUGGCAUUUAGCUGGACUACCACAUGAGUUAUUGUUAAUGAUUGCUAGCAUGUUGGAUUAUUGCUCUAUCCUCAAGUUACGAGAGACGUGUCACCGUUUACAUUUAGUCAUGGAUGAUAACAAAUUGUGGGAAAAUCUCUUUAAGAGAGACUUCAGUAACCUUUAUGAAGGCUCUACUCAUCGAAGUUUGGUAGACUGGAAAGCCGAAUAUAAAAAGGCAGUGAAUCGGCGCAAAGAGUGGAAGCGGUUGCAAGAUGAAGGGCUAGAAUAUGUCAUCCCAGGAGUAUACCCGACUUCACCCUUUAUGCCAGGGUAUCCACAGCCUAGAGGGCCAAAUCCUUAUCCACCUCAGCCUCAUCCACAGCCUAACCCAUUUUAUGACCCAGACAGUCCAUAUUUUACUGGUGAGAUUCCACAGAUACCUGGCAUUACUCCAGAAAUACCUGGCCCCUUUUUUCCUUUAGGGCCAAUAGGUCCUAGACCUGGUAAUCCUUUUCAGCCUCCUUUCAUGCCCACGCGACCUAGAAACCCAAGGGGUCCAAGGUUUGACUUUUUCUGAACUUGUCACUGUACUUAAGUGCAGUUUAGCAAAUACUUCAUUGCUGUAACAUUUCACAUUAGUUAAAGAGAAUACAGUAUCAUGAAUAUAUUUUUCUUUUAAUUUCUUGUAUGACUUUAGGUACUAUAAACAAGUAAUAAUCAAUCUUCACACAUCCUUUCAUUUAUAAUUCCAAGUGGACACUCCUCUUCCUUGGAAGAGGGUAAGGGGUUGUUGGUUGUUAAUUUAAAAUGACAAAAGACUUCAUGCAUUAAUUUAAAUGAACCCAGUAUAUUUUUUAAGAAUUUCCUUCUUGGUUUAGCUACAAUUGUACAGUAUAUUGUGCAUGAAGAAGUCUCUGCUUGCAUUAAGAAUGGCUUAUGGAAAGUAAAAGUUGUCAAAAAAUGGGUAGAAACAAAAUUUUGCAACUUCCUUUAGAUAGCAGGAUGUGCUUACCCCACAAUUGCUCCCAAAGCUAAUGUGUCUACUAUCUGUUCAAAACUUUAGAAUCAAUGUAUAAAACAAAAACAAAGAGUAAUUUGUUUAUAGAAGUGAAAUUUCAACUUAUCCCUAUUCUUUCUUAGAGCUAGACAGAUAUGGCACUUACUGUACAGUAUAAAUGGCUGUCACUACAAUUUGGUAAAAUGGAUUGUUGAUGCCUGUUAAAAACUUCUUUGCUUCAUGUUAUCAAGCAAACUUGUAAAAAAUUACAGGAGUGUGUGUGUGUAUUCUUGUCACAAGAGAGACAAAUAUAAAUACUGUAAAUGUACUAUUAUAGUGAAGUGUUUUCUGGUGCACAAGUGCUGUAUCUCGUAUAGAUGAUUUUCCAAGUUGACUUGAAAAUACUUCUUGGUAUUUGAGUAACAAAAAAAAUAUAUAUCUUGAUCAUAUCUAAAUCUUAUACAGUCGUUUAUUUUAUUGCAUUUUAACUUCAUUUAUUAUAUGGUUUACACUGUAAGCCACAUUAUAUGGGGCCACCCCCAUUUGGGUUAGCCAGACAUUUGAGUUAGUCAGAUUUUUUACAGGUAAUUUUUUUUCGAGUGGAGAAGUCAGUCACUUGAACUUAAAUUUAUUUGGGUUUAUGUUCAGUAGAAAUUUUGGUACACAGUACAUACUGUAAUUAGAAAUUAGAAUUCUUAUUCAGGUUAAAAGGUAAAAAAUUUGAACGUGAUUCAUUCAAAUUACUUAAAGAUUUGGGUUACCAGAAUCCAAAUUACCGAGCUCUUACAAGAUCUUUUUCUUGAACUGUGUGUGUUAUUGUAUCUGCAAGUCUGUUGGCGGCAGUUGUUCAUGUUAGCACUCGAGCAUCCAGAAUUCGGCAGUGGGUAAGGCUUUGGUUAAGGUUUUAAGUACUGUACAUAUACAUUGAUUAUAGUGGGUCAAAGGCCAUUAUCAAUGAAAGUCUUGUACCUUGUACAGCAGACACUUCUAUAACUUGAUAUAAUGUUAUAUAUAUUAUAUAUACUGUAUACAUAAUUCAAUUACUGUAUAUAUAUACACAGUAAUAUUUUUUAAGCUUGGGUACACAGCAGUCUUACAAGGGUUUACCAAGCAUAGGUCAAGAGCAAACUAUACAUUCAUUUGAUACUCAUGAUCUUACAGGAUGAGUAGUCUACAUUAGCAGACUAGGUAAAGUAUGAGAAUAUCUUUUUUAAUAUCUGUGAGUGAAAACAAUAUAUAAAAAGCUCCCAGUAACUCAUGCCAUGUGAUCUAAAAUUAUUGAUACUGUAACUGGGCAUUCAUUAAUAUAAUGUUUGUGUCUUAGCUCUUCUUCAAAGAGUUUACAGUUGUACAAAGUAUUGGGACGAUUAAUCACCUUCCAUUACCUGCCAUAAAUAACGAUAUUUGGGCCCAAUUUUUGGCAGUUACAUUAUCACAUUGGUGAAUGUUUUCUAUAAUUACAUAUUGUUCUUAAGGCUCUUGAAGUGUGUGUGUUUUUUUUUUUUUUACAGUACUGUAGAGUGGAAUACCUGUACCUGUACUUAUGUUUAGCUUAACUUUGUUACAGUCAUCUUGAGUCGCCUCGUCCGUCAUGUUGGAUAUUACUUGAGACGAUAACCAUAUGAGGGAGAUUCUGAAACUUGCUCUGCAUCAAUUAUAUUAUUUCUGAUUAAUGUUA